GCUAUUUCCCACAAAAUGCCUUAUUCUGCAAAACUCAUUUUAUUACUCUUUUGCUUUGUCCUUCUUGUGGGGAGCAGAAAGCACAGGAGGAGGAGGUGGACAGGUCAGCUGGAGGUGCAGAAGGCAAGCCACAUCUAUAAGAAGAAUCAUGACAUAACCAAAACUCGGAAAGGAAAAACAGAUCAGCUUCUGAGAGUCGAUGACCAUGAUUUUACCAUGAGGCCAGCUUUUGGAGGUCCUGCCAUUCCUGUUGGGGUGGAUGUACAGGUUGAAAGCUUGGACAGUAUUUCUGAGGUCGAUAUGGACUUUACUAUGACACUAUACUUAAGGCACUACUGGAAGGAUGAACGCCUCUCAUUUCCUAGCAUCACUAACAAGAGCAUGACCUUUGAUGGCAGGCUGGUAAAGAAGAUUUGGGUUCCAGAUGUCUUCUUUGUGCACUCAAAAAGAUCAUUCAUUCAUGACACAACCACUGACAACAUCAUGUUGCGAGUGUUCCCAGAUGGUCAUGUGCUAUAUAGUAUGAGGAUCACAGUGACCGCAAUGUGCAACAUGGACUUCAGUCGAUUUCCCCUGGACUCACAGACUUGUUCUCUGGAGCUGGAAAGCUAUGCUUACACUGAUGAAGAUCUGAUGCUUUACUGGAAAAAUGGGAAUGAAUCCCUGAAAACCGAUGAAAAGAUUUCCUUGUCUCAGUUUUUGAUACAAAAGUUUCAUACUACUUCCAGACUCGCUUUCUACAGUAGCACUGGAUGGUAUAAUAGACUGUACAUAAAUUUCACUUUACACCGCCACAUCUUCUUCUUCUUGCUCCAAACCUAUUUUCCUGCCACUCUAAUGGUCAUGCUAUCGUGGGUGUCCUUCUGGAUUGAUCGCAGAGCUGUACCUGCUAGAGUGUCAUUAGGGAUAACUACAGUACUGACCAUGUCAACAAUCAUCACUGGUGUAAAUGCCUCCAUGCCUCGAGUUUCCUACAUCAAAGCUGUGGAUAUUUAUCUCUGGGUCAGUUUUGUGUUCGUCUUUCUCUCAGUGUUGGAAUACGCAGCAGUGAAUUACCUGACAACGGUGCAAGAACGGAAGGAAAGGAAGUUGCGAGAGAAGUUUCCAUGUACAUGUGGAAUACCUAAUACAAAAACCAUGAUGCUGGAUGGAACCUACAGUGAAUCUGAUGUCAACAGCCUGGCAGGAUACACAAGAAGCCAGAUAGUGAUUGAGGAAGAAAAACAAAACAAGAUGGUGAUUCAUUUGGCCAUGAGCAAUGACUCUAAUUCAUCGAGAAAGAGAGGGCUGAAAGGCCAUGUUGGCUUGCGCAUCAUCCAGAACACUCAUGCGAUCGAUAAAUACUCAAGAAUAAUAUUCCCAGGCACCUAUAUAUUUUUUAACUUGAUAUACUGGUCUGUAUUUUGCUAG